AUGUCAACAAUUUUCUCUCCCACCUCUACUACUUCAACCGCCUCUGCUCCUGCUCCCGCCUCCUUCACCUCCUACUUCAACGCCCUCACUCGCAAGCGGCAACAGAAGAAGAUGAGCAUCACCCAGACAUACUACCUCGCCCACACCGCCCGCCGGAAGCUCACCCGCGAAGCCUCCCGGGCGGACCACGACCUGCGCCUGCUGGUCGGCCACGCAAACCUCCUCGACUCGCUGAUGCUCGACCUCGCCGACGCCGAGCAGGAACAAGAGCGCUGGUUCAACCAGACCGUCAGCGGAGCGACCAAGUCCGCCUACCGCGCCGACCAACAACACCACAUCCAAUGGGCCGAGACACUCGUCGAAGAGCCCGAGGAGGACUGGGACCCCGAGGACCUGUCAGAGACGGACUCGGAUCUCAGUGAAGAAGAUUCAGACUACGAAGAGGACUUCGCGCCCCUGCCCGUUGUCCGCCGACGCGCACCAUCGCCCGUUGCUAUCAUCACGGAAACAGAGCUGGAAGACUACGACUCGGACUCGGACUCAGAGUAUGAGUAUGAGCACGACGACGCAGAGGAUCUCGACGAGCUGGCGCUCACUCGCUCGCCAUCACGGCAGCCACCGGAGCUGUCGCACGACGAGGACGACUCGGAAGACGACAGCAUGCCGCCUUCACCACCACAACCGAUCCUCGAGGCCUUCGACGAGAAGCAAGCACAAGCCGAUCUUGCCCUCGCGGACUCGGACUUCGACCACCGAUAUUUCGUCCGAGCGCAGCAGCCGAUGAUCGAAGCAUGUUGA